CUAAAGUGCGACUGAGAAUUUUUCAUCUCCAAAAUUCUCAGUCUUUGGCCUUUUCUUCAUAUCCAUUUCUUCUUUAAACCAAAACCCCAUCUGACAAAACCGCGUCAAUUUCCCCUUUUCUUCCCAUUAUUUAUUCUUCUUUUUCUUUUUCUCCCUCAUUCUGAUUUUAAUUUGAAUACACCCAUUUCCAUUUCAAAUGCUGCUCUUCAAAUCUUCCUUUCCCAUGGAUCUGAUCUCUCAUAUUCAAAUUCAGGGGAUUCUGAACUGGGGUUUCUGAAUCCUGUUUUUGCUUCCAUUUUUGUGGGUUUUAGGGUUUCAAAUUCCUCAAAAUGGGUAAAACCAUGGCCACUUCUAGUAGAGAUUGGAAUCAGAUCUAUGCGAUCUAUGGAGUGGAUCAAUGGCAAACCAUAGUGUUUCUCCUUCUUCAUGCUCUCUUUUUUACUGCUCUUUCCAUUUUUUACCUUUCUUACUUCGAAUCCAUCUGUUCCUUUUUCGAGCUUCUCUUCUCCGGCGGCUCCGCCCGUUUCGCCGCCGGUUUCACCGGUUGCGUCACUGCUAUCUCCGCCUUCUGCCUCUUCUUCGCCGCCGCUAAUAUCUUCUACUCUUCUCUCCCUCUCCACUAUGAAAUGGCUCUCCGGAUGGUCAACGCCGUGUCCGAUUGGUCAACCGUCAAGCACGCCCUCGACCUUGGCUGCGGCCGGGGCAUUCUACUCAACGCCGUUGCCACUCAGCUGAAGAAGGAAGGAAGCUCGGGUAGAGUUGUGGGGUUAGAUCGGAGCAAGCGGACGACUCUGGCGACGCUUCGAACGGCAAAGAUGGAGGGCGUUGGAGAGUAUGUGACGUGUCGAGAAGGGGACGUUAGACGGUUGCCGUUCGGGGACAAUUACUUUGAUGUGGUGGUUUCUGGUGUGUUUGUGCACACGGUAGGGAAGGAGCACGGGGCAAGAACGGCGGAGGCGGCGGCGGAGAGGAUACGGGUGGUGGGAGAAUUGGUGAGAGUGCUGAAGCCGGGGGGAACUGGGGUGGUGUGGGACCUACUACACGUGCCGGAGUACGUGCGGAGGUUGCAAGAGUUGAAGAUGGAAGACAUUAGAGUGUCUGAGGGUGUAACGGCGUUCAUGGUCAGCAGCCACAUCGUGUCAUUUACCAAGCCACGUCAUCACUUUGUGGGGUCUGGAGAAGUCCGACUCGACUGGAGAUGCUGAUCUGGCACUUCCUACUUUUUAAGUAGAGAGAGGAAGAGAGAUAGGGAAAAAGAAAAAGAAAAAGAAAAAAACCCCUAAUUGAAAUUAUACAUUAAAUAAUAAUUAAGAUUAUGCGUAAAAAGAGUAAUUAACAAAGGAAAAGUAGUAUUUAUAAAGGGUGGGUAUGGGUAGGCGAAGCAGACCCAAAAAGGUUCACUGCAAAUAUGUAUACAUUCCAAUAAAAUUAUAAUUAUGCUAAUCUUGUUUGUUUA